GUAUGGUUCCAAAAUAGACGAGCAAAGUGGAGAAAGAAGGAAAGCACUAAAAAUGGUGGAAGCGCUGAACAAGGAGGAUCAAAGGAAGAUGGGCAGGAGUCAGGCAAGGUGAUGGAGCCAUCCAAUAGCAUUGAAUAUACCUACAAACUAAAGUUCCAGACCAAAGAAUGCGGCGCAUUUUCAAUUGAAAAUCUUCUCGCAGCAAGUCGCGUGCCGCGUGGUCGUCGUCCUAAUGCCAAGUAUCCUCGUGUGCAGGCUUGUAAAAACCUCUCGCCCUUCAUGUUACCUCUAUUUCCAAUCACUCAACCAGCUGGACGAACGAUUCGAGAGCCAUCCCCACAACCUCAGCCGGAGCAGAGCACACAAGUUACCCAGCAAUCGUCAAGGGACCAGCUCUCGCAACUUUUACUUUCUACAACAUCCACUUAA